AAAACUCCAAUGUAGCUUCUACCGGCAGAUUUGUGUUCUGUUAUUGCACUUGCGGGAAAAGCAUGGGUCGGGAGGAAAACAUAACAGAAGAUGAGGCUGCACUUUACGACAGACAGAUUCGUCUGUGGGGUCUUGAUGCCCAGAGAAGACUUCGUGCAGCACGUGUAAAUAAGAUGCCAGUGCUUUUGGUUGGAGUGAAGGGCCUUGGAGCAGAGGUGGCCAAGAAUAUUGUCCUCGCUGGAAUCAAAUCUAUCACUCUGCUUGACAGUUCACUGGUUGACGAUGAAGACUGCACAUCUCACUUCCUUGUGUCGAAAGCUGAUUUAGGCAAAAAUCGUGCUGAAUCCUCCCUUCACCGAGUCCAGCUGCUCAACCCGAUGGUCCAAGUAACAGCUGACUCUGGGGAUGUUGAUGGCAAAGACGACGCCUUCUUCACCAACUUUGACGUUGUCUGUGUCACCUGCUGUCCAGCAGCCACUCAGUGCAGAAUCAACAAGUUUUGUGCCGAAAACAGUAUUCAGUUCUUCAGUGGAGAUGUCUUUGGUUACUAUGGUUACAUGUUCAGCGAUCUAGGAGAACAUGAAUACGCAGAGGAGGUUCCCAACACAAAGGCCAAACCAGCUGAAGAUGAGGAGACUGAUGAACCAUCACCCAAGAAAGCAAAGACUGAGGAACCGGAAACUGUUGUUGUGAAAAAGUGCAUGACAUUCAAGCGCCUGGAAAAUGCUCUCAGUGUUGACUGGAGCUUAGAUGAUAUGAAAAAGAAGCUGAGAAGAACCCCUAACACAUACUUCAUCAUGGAAGUGCUUCUAGACUUCUAUGGCAAACACAAGCGGAGACCUCUAAUUAAAUCAAAAGCUGAAGAUGUGACAGACCUGAAUGGAAUAAGGGAGACAACUCUGGAGAGACUCAAGGUGGACAAGAAAGUAGUGCCAGAGGACUUUGCAAGUUUCUGUUUUGCUGAGCUGAGUCCGGUGUGUGCUGUCGUAGGGGGUGUACUGGGACAGGAAAUCAUUAAGGCGGUCUCCCAGAAGGACCAGCCCCACAACAACUUCUUUUUCUACAACGGCAUUGACGGCAAUGGCAUGGUGGACAACAUCGGCAGCAGCCAGCACUGACAUCGUGACUCUUUGUGACUGUUUACAGCAGCCUCUAUGUUAUUGUUAACAUACACUGAGAUUCAAUGCAAGCCUCAACACUGACAACUGAUGCUAAACAUAAAAGGCAUGUUGGAAAGCUAAUCUUUGUUCUCGGACACUGCUAACACUCUUUUUUGCCAACAACAAAAAUAUAUAUGACUGAAUUUAGGAACGUUCAUUCACUUAAAAUGAAACAGGUUGCACACCUAUGCCAUUAUUUUGUCGUACAACUAAAUUUAGAUCAUCUUUAUUUUCCAUAAUGAUUUAGUAUCAGGUGAGUUGGAGUUUGAAGAGGUAGCCAGUGUUCUGGACCAAGUGUUAUAGAUUAAAAAAACAUGAUUUAUAAGUGUUCGGGUUGAAACAGUGAGGGAUGUUUCUGUCCAGAUGCUUUUUUUCUCAAUUGAAUGAACUUUUUUCCCGAUUUUGAAUCAAAACUAGUGUUAACUCUAUUGUCCACUGCCAACAAAAAAAGCAUUUACGCUCACCUGGGACGAUCUUAUGCCAGGUGAGUCAUAUAUCACUGUUCAUUAGCAUUUUGUCUCUUUGGAUUGAUCUGUAGCAUUCCUCAUCACAGGUGAACUAACGUUUGUCAAAGAAUCACAUGAUCUUCGAAACCACAUCUUUCUUAUAUCUUUCUUCGAAUGAUAACGGUCACACAAGUGGCACUUAAAUUUGGUCAAUGUACGGUUGUAUCCAAGGCAGCAAUUUCAACUGAUAAAAGGGGUACCAAGUAUUGUCAGGCUUGGCCAUUUUUCUGGUUACUACAAUCACUGUGUGAAAACUUUCUUAAAGUAUCUAGAAAACUAGAAUUGUUUGACCUUUGAAAAGUUUUUAUCUCAGUUCGAUGUAGUUACUGACUUCUACAAGGUUGAGCCGACGGAGAUCAAGCACACAUGUAAACAUUUUCAUCAGAGUAUUGUCAGUUUGGGUAUGGUCACCUGCUUGUGACUAUUUUUGUAAUAAAUGCAAUAUAUUUG